AGUUUUCAAAAAGAUCGUACAAAUGAUAGCCGCACUUCAGAUAGAUUGAGCUUCGAGUCCAGGAGUCGACGGACAAGCAGUCGGUGCAGCCAUGAUCCUGGCCUCGCUGAGUACGUUCUCCGAAAGAGUCAAACACGAAUCGAUCAAUUUGAAUUCCAGGAUCGACGCGAGAGUAUAACAACUGAUGUGGAUAUCCCGAAUAUAUUUCGAACUUCGAUUCAUUUAGCGAUAGUACACAACUCUAUUGAUUCCCUCGGAGUAUUAUUACGAUAUGGUGUCGAUCCUAGCGUUCCCAGUAUCAAUUUGAUAACACAAUCGAAUACAACUACCGGAAAUAUUCAUAUUGAUUCUGUGAAAAUUAAUACUGGUCCCUCCUCCAACACCAAUACUUCUACAGCAACAACAAGCAAAUCAUCGGCACUACUGCAUGGACAGAAAACCAGAAGCAAUACGCUCAAUGUCACAACCGCCGGCUUUCGUCGUCCAUCGAACACAGCCGAAGGUGAAAGCAGUGCUAGUACUCCGACCGUCAUCGAAUGUCUAGGUUCCACUAAUACCAAUACACUGCAUGUGAAUCCGGUCAUAGAGGAACACGUAAAACAUGUGGUAGAAUUGUCUGCAAGCAGACGACAUACCGCUCGUUUGGCGGGAGACCCAGGUACCGUUAAAGAAAUUGCGAUUGACCUAGCAAGUGUAUAUUGUCAAGAGGAAUUGUUUAAUUUACCGCCGCUUUUUGCAGCAGUUGUGCAUGGGAGACCACUAGUAGUUCUUUUGCUACUGCAAUACGGUGCAGAUCCGAACGUCCAAGAUAGACAUGGUCUGACGCCGUUACAUAUUGCUGUGUCCGAACAAUUUUACAGUCUACAAUGUGCGCGCGGAUUACUUCAAUAUGGAGCAAAAAUCUAUGUGAAAAAUGCAAGUAAUGUGUCGCCAUUUGAAAUCUAUCCAGGAAUAUUACGGGACCAACAAAAUGUCAUUAAGGCGGUGUUAACAGGCAAACUUGCAUUGCACUAUCUCAACGAUACCGGUGGUAUUAUUAAUUCAAAUAACAGCGAGCAUAGUUUCCAUAGCAACCAGCUAACGGGUAGUGUACACAAUUUCUUCAGACGUUUCAACAGCUACGAACACAAAACAUCAGACUCGAGAAAACGCCGGUUACGAAAACACGGAGGAUCCGGUCUAGAUCUCUUUCAUGAGGUCAGGGAUCGAGUUCCGUCAAUAACCUCAAGCAGAAGUGGUUUUAGCAAAAUACAAUCGGUCAUUACCGAAGAUUUGGACAGCGAGGCAUCUCUGCCAACAACUUCUAUAGCAGAAGUUCCAUCUGGAAAUGAGAAGACGUUAUUUUCUUCACGAUCUAGAAUGAGUCUCAGACGAGGUGACAGAACGAAACGCCGGAACAGCUGUGUUGCAGACCAAUCAGAGAAAGCCACACUCGAGGAGACAGAGCGAACACUAUAUGCCUUAAAGAAGUUAGCACAGAAUCCGGAAUGUACUUCUUCCCUUGUGGAUGGACUAGCCAAUUACAUGCGGAUUAUCGUCACGGUGACGGACAGCUCAGAAUGUCCAGCCAUCGAGAAAGCCAUCAGCGAACUUCUAAAUCAGAUUCUACAGACAUGCUAUGAUGAGUUACAGAGAAUUGACUGUUUUGAGGAAAAGUUCAAGAUAUUUUUGCUGCUGACAAAACUAAUGACUACAGCUCUGGAGCUUCUUCGUGGCGGUCAGUCGUUACACUUUACCGCUCUCAGUAUCAUCAACCGUAUCAUCGACAUUUGCAUCGUCCAUAAGAAUCAUGAGGUCAGCUCAACAGAGUUUCUACAAAGUACAGACUGCAUUCCUUUACAGCCAGGUGGUGCUGCUAGUCAGGAGGGUGUCAGUCCGCAACUUAAAAGCCCGAAACAUAAGACCUCUAACAGCAGCCCCAAACAACGUGGGGGGUCCACUCAGUGUGCUCACAAUCACCAUGACGAUUCCGCCACAAGUGCCAACAACAGUUCUAACACGUUUCAGAGGAUUUCCUCUGUUCAUUUUAGAAAAAAUUUCGGAGGACAUUCUGAUGGGGGUGGUCAUUCCGAAAAGACUGAUGAUUCAGAAAAUACGGAUAAUGCGAAUGCAAAUUCUUGUGGAUCCAAUGUGUUAAAAACACCGCUUGAAUUCCUGACAACCUGUGAUCCUAGUCAAAUAUUAAGUGUGCUUCAUAACAGUAUCACCAUGCAUAAGCGUAUCAUUGGAACUCGGCAGAAAUGUACGCCAAGUACUCGUUCGCGUUUCUGCACCCAUCAUUGUUUACAAAUUUUAAGUGCCCGAAUCCUUGUUGUGAUGUGUCAUGGACUCCAGGUUCAGUAUCGGAUUGUCGGUGGUGGACAUAUCAAAACUCUCGUCGAGGCCUUAGACCCAAAUCAUGAUCCACAUCUGUUGUGCCUACUACUACAAUCACUAGCUUCCAUCGCCCUAACUCCUAGCCACCAUCAGGUCCUCAACGAUGCCGACAUAGCGGACAUGUUGAUGCAGCUUCUGUUGCCUAGUGACGAGUGGUAUUAUACCAAUCACAGUACCAAGUAUGCAAAGUUUGUCAAGUACCAUGCCGCUCGGAUACUUGUGUAUAUGGGACUGUUACACAAACUCGGUGGUCGUGUCGACUUGUUUGACAGAAAGCCUUUCAAAGAACUGUCAACAAAUGCCUACCUACAAGUGCACUCCCCCGAGGAUAGUUUUAUAGAGCUGAUGGCCAUGGGCCAGGUUGUCAUGUGGAACGAUAACCAACAUCUACAGGCUGCUUCUCUAGAGGGCUUGGUGGCUAAACUUAUACAGGAAGCCAUGAAUGAUGAAAAUGAAGGCACAGGCAAAACGUACGAUCUCACACUUAGUUCCUCCAUACAGAGUAUUUGUGGGCUGAUGGAUAAUCACUGCAGCACAAUGUUAACGCCCUUCACAUCACCGGCCUGUUCAUUACAGUUCCUUGCCGAGACAGACAGCAAACCGUUCCGAGAACUUCUUCUUAUGGGUCUUCCUAUGCUUGUACAUCCAGUCAUUAUCUUACGUCUUCUUGCUCAUAAGGUGUUUGGAAACAUGAUCCGGAGAAAGUCAUUAUUUGCAGAGACAAAACUAAAACCACCACCGCCAGAAAAUCUUGAACAGGCUGACAUGUGCCCACCCAGGUGUAAUUCAGAGGCGGCUAAGUUUCACGAUAUUAAACGUGAAGUGAAUCGUAGAAGGCGAUCUCAUCAUCCAAUCAUAACCAAAUCUUCAUCCGAGGAACUUGAUUCUCCUGCAACAUUAAACAGUCCGGUGGAGCGAGAACUUGUUAAACAGAACGGAAUCCAAUCAAAAAACGGCACCACUCAGCGGGCACUUCGUGCCAUUGGGACAAGUCUGGCUAAUCCCAGCAACAACAACAGCAACAACAACAACACCAACAACAGCAACAACAACAACAGCAACAACAACAACAACAACAGCAGCAGCAACAAAAUCAGCAGACAACAGACGUCAUCAGCAUCCAAAUCAAGACUUUUUCAUUGGCCUAGUAAAAAACGAUUGUCAAAAUCCCAAAGCAAUGUGUCUUCAAAGGAUAGCCAGGAUAUCAACGCUGGAAGCAUUGACAGAGCCGAUUCCAAAUCAUCAAUAACAUCAUCAGAAAAUGAUAUUGACAUUCUUGCCUUUCAAAGAGAACUUAUCAACCUUCCAACAUUUGUAAUGGACACCCCAGCUACAGAUGUGUCUCCAAUGUUCUCACGAUGUAGUUCUGUUCCGGAGAAUUUAGCCUCACGCAUGAGUAAUAAUGAUUCAACAACUCCAGAAAUGUCUACGUAUGGCUCCGACCAUCUUCAUAUUGUGCAACGACGUGCAAAAGGCGAGGAAUUUGGUUCUGAUCAAGCUUUAUGUGAUUUGCCUAAAUCGCCAUCAAAGGUUACCAUAACAACAACAGACUUUACACAGCCUGCACAUCAGGGUGGAGGACCUUUAACCUUGACACUUCCGACGCAGUCGUCAAUUGACGACGUUGAGGAUAAUAUUGCCAAUAUCACAGUGCGCUUUGAGGCCCCUGCAUCGCCCAUUUCUAGUUCAAGUCAGAGUCCACAAGCGUUUGAUUUUCAGUAUCCAUUUGAACAGCUGAAACUUGCUGCAAGUCAUUGUUUGAUAAAUGAAAAGUCAUCAGCCAAUCAGGUUGCUACAUCCUCAUCAAAUUUUCUUAAUCCUUCCCCAACAUCUGCUGUGUCACCAACAGUAACCACAGGUCCAACAACAUCGCCAUGGUCACCAUCAUGUAUGUCACAAUCAUCCAUCACAGCCAAUGUUUCACAUUCGGAAAUUCCAGGGGACCACCGAGGGGUAUUACGGGUAAUAGAGACUUGGAUACGUGUAUGUAGCAAUGACCUUGACUGCAGCAGUCUCAUUGUUCAUGAGAUGCGUGACUUUCUCAGGAAAAUGUCCGUUCUUGGACACGAGUAUAAAGCCUGGUGCCAAAAGAUUGGAGGACUACUCCACCUAGAAGAAAAAAAUGUGAUGAAACAAAGAUCUCAGAAUGCUGACGACCCAGACAAUGUCAACGCUCAGUAUAAAAAGUUGCAGCAACUGGUUGUCGCUGGUGACAUUCCAUGUUCGAAGGAGGAGGCAGCCACCCUAGCUAGUAUACAGUUACAUAUUGAGGAAGCCUGGCCAGAACAUAACGUUCCAAACCAUGCCAACACCAACCCCCCGGACCUCACCUUCCUCCAAGGGGGUAAACUUAUUGACCAUAAACUUUGGGCUAAGUCAACCGAUCCACAGGAGAAUCUUCGUAAACGAAAGGAACUGAUACGAAACAAUCGUGCCGGACGUAUCACAAGUUCUCGUCGUAAAGGACGCUUGGUCCGUCAGUUGUCUUGUGUCAGUAGUAAAGACCUUGACAUUGGCAGUGAAGUUGAUCUCACCAAAUUUCUUCCGCCAGAUUUUAACUCUUCAAAGAAGAUUCGCUGUAUCAUUCAAGAAAAACAGAAGCAGCUAUGGCACACCCCCUACUAUGACAGUGAAAUUAAGCUUAAACAGCAGUACAUCAAGAUCUGUAAGAACCUGCCAUCAUUUGGGUGUAAGCUCUACCAGGUGAAAGAACUCCUCCGGGGCAACACCCAGAAAAAGGCUGUUCGCCUACUAGGAAUCGCUACAGACAAAAUUGUUUUGUUGGACAACAAGACAAAGCUACUACUUAAAACACAGAGUAUUCGAGACCUGGAGGAGUGGAACACAGGAAGUGGGAAAUACCAUGACGGCCUUGUCCUGGAGUUCCGUGGUACGAAACCAUGGCACCUCUCCAUGGCAACACUUGAUAACCUGAAGUCUGUAACAGCAGUAUUAUGGGAUUCCUUGGACAUGGAUGGAAGGUUCCUGAACAAUGGAACUCUGCGACGAGAUAGUUUUGAGUUUGAUUUCCAUAGAAAACCACCAUUAUUACGACCAGCUUUGGAGGGAGGUAGCAAGUACUCAGAAGAGCUGGAAAAUCUUCAGAGGCUGUUACAUUUCCCAGAAGAGGUUGCAAUAUUGCUGACAGACAUGGAGCACAGCUUAUUUAACGAGAUACCUCCGUCCCACUACAUACGACAAGUGACCACUGAUCUGUCCAGGGGAUCAACUGUCUAUCGUAAGCUGUCCAGUGUUGAGGAUCUUAUACAGAGAUUUAAUGAGGUGAGCUCCUGGGUAACACAGCUGAUCAUCACCCAGCCAACCCACGAGGACCGCAAGGCAAUACUGUCAUGUAUCCUCCGCCUAGCCUUUUACUGCUGGUGUCUCGGAAACUUCAACACAACCAUGGAGAUUGUCGCCGGGCUUAAGUCUGAGAAGCUUAAACCAUUCUGGCUAUCUCUGUGUGACGAAGACUUAUCUACCCUUCAUAUGCUUUCCAACUUCCUAUUGUCACGUGAACUGACCCAGGAGUAUCGGGAAGCAGUGGGACGUGGCCUUGACAUUCCAACUUGUAAGGUUGUGCCGUUUUUCGGAGGAUUUCUCCGAGAGCUCCGUGCACUUUUCAUCAACGUUCCAAGUAUCAUUGUUCUACCGUCAAAGGAAAACCAGUCACUGGAGUUUAUUUCGGAUUUUAAUGGAGAAGAUCGUUUCAUGACGAGGAUUGGUGUUGGUGGUCUUAUCAACAUGGACAAGCUACAACAGACACAUACGAUCCUCAACGACAUUAGUCUCUUCCACCACCACGGCAAGGGACAGGAAACCGCCCAGAGAGAGGAGGAGGAGGUCAAAAGCAAGGAAGAGUUUGUUGUUGAAGAAGUUGAGAACGAGGAAAAUGACUGCGAGAGUGAUUAUGACCUUGACCUUGAUUCCUACCAGCCAGUUCAGCCAAUCAUGAAUGAUCAUGAAGUUGUUGUCAUAACAUCCAAAUUGGCUGGCCUUAGUCACCACUGGUUACAAUGUAUGCACCACGGCAGCACUGUUAUUCACAUUGAAGACGACAGUUGUCGAACAUACGUGUGUUACCUCAAACUUGAACUGGACAACACGACACUAACGUGGCGAAAACCAUCCUGGAGCUCACUUAUGCCAGGAAAUACAUCCUACCCAGAUUACAUGCUGAAGGGGGAAUCAGAUUCCAGCUCCACUCAAGCAUUAAGUAUUCGCUAUACUGGUGGGGAAGAUGUUUAUGACACGCUGGAGGAAGGUUUUGUAGAUCUCAAACUGGUUAAAGAAAUCUCCCAUGGAAACGAGGAAUCCCUAGAUUUGAAUCUAGUUGGAAAACGUCACAGUAUGGAUGACUUAGAAGCAAAAGUGAAUAGUAUCUGUAUUCUGUAUGGUUCGGGACAUUUAGAAAACAAGCGAUUAUGGUUUGUUGCGCCGAAAAACGUGUGUAAGAUCUGGUUGCUAGGGUUGCAGAGACUUAUUAAGGCGGCUCACAAGCUGCGACGUCAAACGGACAAAAGGAUACAACUUCUGAAGAACCAAUAUCUACAACUGUAUUACGACAAUGAGAAGUGUGUGGGCCCUAGUCCUGCUGAAGCUAUCAAGGUGUUUGGAGGACGUCGAUGGCAUGUGGAACGACAGCUGAUGGGCACACAAGAUGUUCCUACCUCGUUUAAGCGUACUGGCAGCUUCGUCACCUCAAAGAUCUUUAACAAGAAGUCUUCCACAGGAUUUUCAAAUUCCAAGGAGUCAAGUCCUCGCGGAUCAGGAUCUAUAGUGCCCAAUAUGUCUUCUUCAGACUUACAGAAGAUGUCAUCGCAAAAAGGACACAGGACACCGAGUCCACUUCGUAAGAACAAGCUAUCUGAUCUCAGCAAAUCUUCUGUGCCAUGUUCAAGUGACCCUAACUUACAUCAGAAUCAGACAACUCAAAAACCAAACGGAAGUCCAAGGCUUGGUUUCCGACCUAGAAGCAUGACAUUCAGUUUUACUAACCGUUAUCGGUCAAAGCGUCGUCGUAUGUCGCUGGGUAUGCGUUCCACGGACAAUAAAAUGACUCCAAUUACUGACUCCUCCCAACUUACAUUCCUGGACUUUGUAGACUUGUUUAAGUCCUUUAGUCUGCGAUGUAGGCGAGACCUGAAGGACCUGUAUGAACAAUUGGCGCUGACGAUGAAACCAACGCCGGGAAAAGACAUUCCAACAGCUCUCAGGACACAUUGUAAUUCAGCCAGUACGGACACAUUGGUGGAGGCCAUCAACAAGAGUGCCUUUGUGAUGUCCCCCUACCCAGUGAUCAUGUCCAUAGAAAACCAUUGUUCCAUCAUUCAGCAGCAGAAGAUGGCUCUGAUUUUCCAGAGUGUGUUUGGAGAAAAGCUUGUCACAACAUUUUUGUUUGAGUCUGACUUUUGUGAAGAUCCUCAGCUACCAUCACCAUGCCAGCUCAAAUUCAAAAUUCUCGUAAAGUACAAGAAGAUCCGUUACCAAGAAAGCUACACUCUUAGAAAGUUAAGGACAUCUGUCGAUAGCCAAGACAGUCAGACAGGAGAGCAGGACGACAAGGGGCGUAACUCUGGUUCUUCACGAGCAAGAACAGAUUCCUUCCUGGACUACCAACCAUCUUCUGGAUCAUUUGGGGAGAAGUCACGUCCAAAAAGUCAUCCUGACCUUGACUGGCAAUUUGAGGAUGAUAUCCAAGAAAUGAAGACGCCCCCAAAAACCAAACAGAAGAAGGCGAGCCAGAUUGCCAAAGAGUUAUCUGAUCUUGUUAUAUAUCUCCAAGCCAUCAAAUUCAGGGGUUUAACUGUCAGUCCAAACACCUCUAUGAGGAGGAAACCAGCUGGAAAGAAAGUCCUUUUAGGGAGUAAUCCAGGAACACCACCUCUCACUUCAGAUAAAACCGAUAUGAACAUGUUUUCCGGUUAUUCCCGUCAGCGUCGUCCUGAUAGCACCCCUCCAUGUUAUCUGGUGUCCUCCUUAAACGAGAGCAAGGCUAAACAACACUGUCGACGCAACCCCAUCGGGGUCAUCAAUCAUACAGAAAAACAGCUGAUGCGUACCUACCCUGCUGGGAUGAGGAUUGAUUCGUCCAAUUUCAAUCCUGUCAUCUUCUGGGCCUUCGGAAUACAGAUGGUUGCCCUUAACUAUCAGACAGAGGACACAGCAAUGAUUCUGAAUACGGCCAUGUUCGAGCAGAAUGGACAGAGUGGCUAUGUCCUGAAGCCAGCCACUAUGUGGGAUAAAAGUCACAUGAUGUACAACCAUUUCAACCCAUGGGACAAGACUUUUGAUGGUCUCCACGCUACAGUUCUUACCAUCCACGUGAUAUCCGGCCAAUAUGUGAGUAACAAUCACACGGCCAGUACCUACAUAGAGGUGGAACUUCUCGGCAUCCCUGUCGACUCUGCCAAACACAAAACAAAGGUCGUACCACGCAAUGCACUCAACCCCAUCUGGAACGACUACUUCACAUUUCACGUGAUGUUUGCAGACCUUGCCUUUUUAAGAUUUGUUGUUGUGGAUGCUAACACAAGCCAUAUGGUCUCCCAACGCAUUAUUCCACUCAAGUGCCUUCGUGCAGGAUACCGCCAUGUUCGUCUGCGGAGUCCAACCAAUCAGCCAUUAGAGCUAGCCACAGUGUUUAUAAACUCUAAACACGAGGAAGAGUCACUCUUAACCUGCUCUACCCAUGAUAUCAACGGCUGUCACGACAGUGCCUCGGCCAAACGUCGCCUUGUGUUCGCCAAAAACAAGGACAUAAAUGACAAGGAUGCGAAAGAACUGAGUCCCACAGGAGCAAGAGUGAAGCGGCGAAUGUUCUUCAUCAGUGUAUUUGGAGUCAACGCUCCUGACAAAUAUGUCAUACUUAAGGUCACUCAGGACACAACAGUCUAUGAUACGAUAGCUCAGGCACUGAUGAAGGCUGGCCGUGCAGAGGAGAAGGUAACAGACUAUGUUCUGGUGGAAGAGGUACAGAGUGGCUGGGAACGCUCCAUGUCACAGAGGAUACUGGACAUGAUGGAGAAAGUCCUCAUAGCCCAGAACCAAUGGAAGGGCGCCGGCAAAUUCCUGCUCCGUAAGCUCAGUGAUGACCCAAGCAGUCGUGCAUGGAUGACUACCAUGUUAUCUAUAGAACACAGACGAAAGGUUGAGGAGUCUGCAGACACUGCGGACUGGGACAGUGUUGAACAGGUGUUCCUUGUGUGUGUUUACAAUGUGGCACCAGACCAGCCCUAUACCAUCUUCAAAGCUCCCACUUCAAGCUCCGCCCAGGACAUCGUCACACAGGCCAUGAUGAAGGCACAUCGAACUGACACCGACAAUCUGCGUAAACUGCUUCUGGUUGAGGAACUGGAGAUGACUGGUACUGAGUCACUCGGGGUCCACACACGGCGCCACAGUGGGGAACAUUUGGAGCGCCGAAUUCUCGCCCCAGAUGAAAAUGUUUAUCAUGCCCAAUCAGAAUGGAUCACUAAUGGAAAAUUUGUAAUCAUGGACCAGGCAGAAUAUGAAUCCAGUGAAAAUCAGGAUAAGAAGAAAGGCAAGUCAGCAAAACUCAAGUCAGAAAAAGGAAAUAUCUCUAAACAGAAGAGUACAAAACGUCUGUCGAAGUCAUCUUCUGUUCCACCAGAGAAGGACCUCUUCUGUUCUGCCACUUCAGGUUCUUCCAGCGGAGGAUCGUCAAUCUUUCCAGACCUUAGUCAGGUUCACCUAGCUCAGCAGGCUACACCAAAAACAACAUCCAAGCUCAAGAAGUUUUCAGCCAAAUUCUCAUCCAAAUCUUCAAGAUGAUAACAUUUUCUACAAUCUGAAUGUGACAUAGUUCACUAUAAUGCCAUAGUGAGGCUGAACAAUGAGACGGAGGUUUAAAAUUGUGUAACAGGUGUUAUCAAGUCUGAUUAAAGACAAGAAUGUGACCUGGAUACAUUUUAUUUAACGUGCUGGGGUCAUAGCUCAUUAAAUGGACCCAGACCAACUUUUUAGAAAGGCUUAUGUGAGAGCCUCCUAGAGAUGUUGUUUCUGUAUUGAUUUGCUCCUCCAAAAAAAUGAGUUUAAAUAUUACAACAUGCAUGAAGGUGGCACCAUAUUUUGUAAAAAAGAAUUACAUCCUUUUAUCAGGAUCCUUUCAAAUGUUCUGAGAAUCUUUUCACUAGGAUUUUAUCUCCUUCUACACAAUGAAGAACAUUAAUGGACAAUUCUGAAAACUCAUCUGUCUUCCUAAAAUUUGCUCCAUUUUAUAACUCUUCCUUUUGUUGUCAUCUUGUGGUGUUUGGGAUGAACAUCAUGCCAUGAUGGUGACUCAGUCCAAGAUUUACCAUUUCCAUUUUAAUGUUAGUUAAAUGAUUCAUAUGUAUAGCCUUACGGUGAGUGAUUCUGUUAGCUUGAGAUAUCUGCAACCAAUCUUAUAUCAAAGUCACUCUGUUUUGUUUUUAUUCUGGAAGACAGUUUUCCAUGAUGCUUUGGAGUUUUUGAAAUUGUUCAUUGCAGUUUUAUUUAAAAUAAAAAUUCAUUGUGUGAGAAUGAUACAAUUUGGUGUAUAUUUUAUCAAACAAUUCAUAUUCUUGAUAGAAGGCCACGAUGAAUGCCCGGAAAACCACACACAUGGUCAUCUCCUGUAACAAGACAAGUGAUAGAAGCCUUGUUUUAGCCUGUAAACUGUAAGGGUAUUCCUCCUCAUCAUUAUAUUAUCAUUGUAUAGAAACAACUUCUCAUUAAAGAACUAAAAUGUCACACUGUUGAAUUUAUAACUCUAUAACUUUUGUAGAAGUUCAGUAUUGGACACCAGCUGUAUUGAAUUGACAAGAAUACUGUACAUAUUUUAGCAGUAAUCUUAUUUUAGUUAUGAUGGCUUAAAAUAUUGUGCUAAAUUAUAACUGCACUAUUUGCUGUUUCUGCGUACUAUUUUCUAUUGAAUAUAUAUUGUGAAUGCAUGAAUACAUCAAUGUGCUGAUCUGUGUUAAUUUGAAAAUGUUCCAAAUCUGAGUGGACUAAAAUAAGUACAUUUACAUUUUUUGUCAUUUUUAUUGUCUAGAUUUUUAGUAGAUAAUUUUACGCCAUCUAUAAUUCUUCAUGCAACUACAAAAUGUACCUGGAAAAAUUGUAAAACAGAUAACUAUUCAGAAUCCAAUUUGUAUCGACGGAAUGGUUGGCAAUGUGGUAUACAAGGGAGAUAAUGCAGACUUGAACUUUGUGAUGGUUUCCAGCAAAAUAUUUAGUAAACAUUUUGAUACACUGUUACAUCAUAUUUUAGAUGUCGGAGGAUAGCUGUUUGUAUAUUAUGGAACAACGCACCAGUUAUAAUACCUACCAUACAAAUGCCCCAUAUAUAGUACCACUUAAUACCAUAUGUGGUAUCACCUAUUACCAAAAAAUGCAAUAUAUGGGACCACAUAAAACUAUUCAGUACCAUAUAUGAUACCACACAUUACCAUGGAAUACCAUAUUUGGUAUUAUAUAAUACCAAAGGCUAUCGCAAUGCCACUUGAUACAAAUGUACGAAACAUGCACACUCAUUUAUACAGCUCAAACAAAAUCACAGCAUCAGAUUAAAAUUUAGAAUAAUGUAUAUACAAAACAAAGAAUCCAAUUAACGAAGAAACUAAAGCAAACUGUCUUAGACAGCUAUUGAAUGAUGCACUAACUUUAAUGUGUAUACACCCUAAUGAUGUCAUCACUUCUUGUGCAUCAAAUUCAUCCAUAUUAAUGACAUCACCACUUUUUGGUACAAGUCCCAGGGCUUAACGCAAGACACAGCGUGCUGUGAUAUACAUGUUUUAUCCAAGAAAAUAGUUUUUAUUUGACUUAAGUGAAGGAUUCUUAAAUGUUCCUGAUAUCAUUAUUAUAAUUUCUAAAAAUGGCAGAAAGAAUGAUAUAUUACAAAAAGUCAAAAUAUUCUGAACUUUUUACUCGCAGGAUAGUUCAGUGUUAACAUUAAUGUUAUUAAAUGUACCAAGUAUAUUGAACAAAAGUCUUGCUUUAAACAAUUAAGUCAGUAAUAGAAUGUUUUAAUAUAUAAAUUAACACUACAUUUUAUUUGAUUCUAUGUUUGUCAUAAGAUUAAAGUAAGCAAUACGUUCUUGAAAUAUUAAUAUUUGUUUUGUUCUUUGAAAGUGAAUUUAAUUGCUCUGUUUCAUGCUAAAGAUAUAUGGAAUAUUGGUAUAGGACUAUAGCUAGUCUCAAAUUUAAAUCCUAAUUAUAGUGCUUUCAGAAUUGAGGCCUGAUGAAUUUUAUAUUUUGUCUAAAUGUGUGUCCCUCUACCCCUUCUCAUCUUGCUAGAGUUGUUUGUGUAUCCCUCUACCCCUUCUCAUCUUACUAGAGUUGUGUGUGUGUCCCUCUACCCCUUCUCAUCUUACUAGAGUUGUUUGUGUGUCCCUCUACCCCUUCUCAUCUUACUAGAGUUGUGUGUGUGUCCCUCUACCCCUUCUCAUCUUACUAGAUUUGUUUGUGUGUCCCUCUACCCCUUCUCAUCUUACUAGAGUUGUCUGUGUGUCCCUCUACCCCUUCUCAUCUUGCUAGAGGUGUUUGUGUGUCCCUCUACCUCUUCUCAUCUUACUAGAGUUGUUUGUGUGUCCCUCUCCCCCUUCUCAUCUUGCUAGAGUUGUUUGUGUGUCCCUCUACCCCUUCUCACCUUACUAGAGUUGUUUGUGUGUCCCUCUACCCCUUUUCAUCUUACUAGAGUUGUUUGUGUGUCCCUCUACCCAUUCUCAUCUUGCUAGAGUUGUUUGUGUGUCCCUCUUCCCCUUCUCAUCUUGCUAGAGUUGUUUGUGUGUCACUCUACCCCUUCUCAUCUUGCUAGAGUUGUUUGUGUGUCCCUCUACCUCUUCUCAUCUUACUAGAGUUGUUUGUGUGUCCCUCUACCCCUUUUCAUCUUACUAGAGUUGUUUGUGUGUCCCUCUACCCCUUCUCAUCUUACUAGAGUUGUUUGUGUGUCCCUCUACCCCUUUUCAUCUUACUAGAGUUGUUUGUGUGUCCCUCUACCCCUUCUCACCUUGCUAGAGUUGUUUGUGUGUCCCUCUACCCCUUCUCACCUUGCUAGAGUUGUUUGUGUGUCCCUCUACCCCUUCUCACCUUACUAGAGUUGUUUGAGUGUCCCUCUACCCCUUCUCAUCUUGCUAGAGUUGUUUGUGUGUCCCUCUAUCACUUCUCAAGAGAAAAAAUAUAUAUUCCAUUUUUCAUUCUGAAUUUCUUUAACCAAAUGAUCUGCAUUACUGCAUACUUAUGAGAAAUUUAUGUUUGAAAAUACAUGUUGUUAAAUAAAUACAUGUAUUUGACUAGUUAUCGGUUCAGCUGUGGAAAUUGUUGUUCAGGAUUAAUUCCUUAAUGAUAUACUUUUCUAGAUAUAUGUUAAAUAAAUUUUAUGAUGUGAUGAACAGAUUUUUUACACCAUAAUAUAAUUUGUUUUUCAUACAUACAAUGUACAAUAUAUAUAUAUAGAUCCAUAUUUUUUGUUAUAACCCCAAGUAUAUUUAAUGAACCAAUAAUGAUGGUGUGUUGAUUUAUUUGUUGUUUUUGUUAAUAAAAAUAUCCCGGUCUACCUAGAAAUCCCAAUUAAUUGUAUUUUCUUACAGACGAAAAUCAUUGUUGACCUGAUAUAUAUACAUGUACAAUAUGUAAGU